AGGAUGCGAAAAUACAAUAGUAUACAUGUCAAAUGUUUCCCUUCAUAAGUUGUAGAUAACGGAUUCAGUUGUACCGUAAGCAGAAUCAUCAAUACGCUGCAGAUGCGCCAGCUAAUCGAGUCUCACUGAGCGCUAUUUUUUGUCUUAUAUUUCCCACUUGACUGUAAAAAAAAAAAAGACUUCCCAUUUGGUUUCUGGCCUUGUUAUUGUUGUUAAGCGUCAGAAGGCAACACUUCAGCAAGCCUAGAUGCCGUAGCAUGCAUGCACAUGAAUGUACACCCGGCAGGUCCUCCUCGUCCACAAGUCGACCUCCAAGUCCAACAUCAGCGAGGUCCAAAUCAAAGUCCAGGUGUUGGACAGCAGCGACCUAUCUCCGCUGGCCGACGCCCUGGUGCAGGUCCACGGCAAUCAGAGCGUGUCGACGAGCGCCCGCGCCGGCGCCGACGGCACGGUGAGGGUGGACUUCCGGUACCGGGCCGCCACCUGGGUCAUCAUCAGCGCCUCCAAACCCGACUACGUCACCAACUCGGUGCCCUGGUACUCGGGCCGCCCGCCCCUGUACGCCUCGGUCAGUUUGUACCUUCUGGCUCGUCGACCCGGUACGCUGAUUCUGUACGAUGACGUCCUUCAGAUUCUGUCCAGCUCGCCAGGUGGCGGCGAGCGUCCCGUGGCGCAGCUUCCCAGGAAGUCGCUGCGCCUGCCGCCCGGCUCCGACGGCACGGCGCUGUCGGCCUGGCUGACCGGCGCCGGGACCCGGGACGAGAUGGGCGGCUUCCCCUUCCUGCUGGGCCGGGAGAUCGACAGCUCAGGCGCAGACUCGGGUUGGACCGACUUGACGCCACUGGCGCUGGUCAGCAUCGAGCUGUCGGACAAAGACGGCGACCCCGUGGCGGUUUCCGACUCCAUCCACGUUUCCGUGCCGCUUCCGUCCGACACCCGCAACAGGAUGGCCACCAGCGUGCCCACUUGGAUGUACCAGCACAGCACGGGACUGUGGGUGCGCAACGGCACGGGCUACGUCCAGAAGGAAGACUCGCACUUCGUGUGGAACGCCGUCCUUCCUCAGACGGGUUCCUGGUUGGCCGCCUUUCCCGCCUCCUCAGGACUGGGCCCGAGCCACCCGGGCCUGAGGGACAUCAACACCUACCAUACCCUGUUCCUGCUGGCCAUCCUGGGCUCCUUGGCUCUGCUGGUUCUCAUCCUGCUGUGCGUUCUGCUCUACUACUCCAGGCGGAGGUGUUUGAAACCUCGUCGGCAGCCCGGGAAACCUCUGCCGUCCAACGCCAACGGCGCGAAGCGGGACCAGGGCACGUCCACGUCACGCCUCAAUCUGAUAUGCGGCGGUCACGCCGAGUCGGGCCCGUCCGACGACAAGUCGGACCUGUCCCCGUCUCGAGACUACCGGAGCUCUCGCGAGGACCUGACCGAGCAGCUGCGACGUGCCACGGGAAAAAACGCUUCGGGGUCCCAGCGCGGCGAAAGCUUCGCCCUGAAGGUGACCCGAGCCACCGACACCAAGAACCCGGACAACCCGCUGCUGCGCGAAGACUACAACCGGGCCUACGGUCCCACGGAAGGCGGAGAGUCCGACUAUCACCGGCACCGCAGCGCCAACGACAAUCGCGGGUACUCGUCCGACCCGCCGUCCCCGCCGCGCUUCCAAGGUUACGUACCGAGCCAGCCCGACAAACCGCCGGAAUAUUCGGCGGCGGCGGCCGACGGCCUGGCUCGGCCCACCUCCCUCGGCACCCAACCGGGCCAGAUCAUCUUCUGCAGCUCCAUCGACCAGAUGAAGGAGAACAUGUACCGCAGCAUGGUGCCCACCCUGGUCAUCCCCGCCCACUACAUGCGCCUGCCCUCCGAGUUCGCCGCCAAGGACGGCAAAGAGCAGAAGGAGCCGGCGGACAAAGACGGCGUCCAGGUGGGAGGGGCCCAGCAGAAGCAAGGUCAGCGGCACCAGGGCGGCCCCCGCGGGGACGACUCGGAGGAGCCCGGCUGGGCGUCCGACCCGUCCGCCGGGCCCGUCACCAUCCCGGUGCUCUUCAACGACUCCGCCAUGGCCCAGAUGAACGGAGAACUGCAGGCUCUGACCGAGAAGAAGCUUCUGGAGCUGGGCGUCAAGCAGCACCCGCGGGCGUGGUUCAUCUCCUUGGACGGCCGCGCCAACGCCCACGUGCGCCAUUCCUACAUCGACGCCGGCAACGACCUGAGCGGCGGCGGAUUCGGGGGCGGGCUCGGAAGCUCUCCGAGAGACGCCAACCUGGCGCCGCCUCUGGAGGCUCAAGAGCGCGGCGGCGGGCGCGAGGCGAAAGAUGAGCGCUGGGAGGCGGGCCGCAAGGGGCGCGGCGGGGCCGGCAAAAGCUACUCCAAGCUGGCCUACCCGGACCUCGGCGACCCCGGCGAGGGCCGCCCCGUGUCCCCCGAAGAGAACUCCCUCACCCCGCUUCUGGACGAGGGGCCGCCCUCCCGCGGCCGCGCCAUCCCCGGGAGGGGGCGCGACCGCGACUCCGCCGCCACCAGCCCCGAGGACGACGCCGACGACAAAGAGGAGAACAAGAAGAGCCCCUGGCAGAAGAUCGAAGACAGGCCGCUCAUGGUCUUCCAUCCCAGGAAGUGAAGGGAAGCCCGUUGAACCUUUCUUCCCUAACCUACUAGUGCGUCCAAUUGUCCGUGUACAAUAGCGCUCCUUGUCCUCACUAGUUAAGACGGUUCCGUGUCCCGGGAGAAGGACUAGGCGCAUCAGUUGAAUUGUUUUUUCCACUACUGCCUUACACUUCCUUGCAAUAGCAGAAGAACCAGGGUGCACUAGUAGACCGACAUUGUCAACUGUCUGACGUUUCGGGAGACUAGUAGAAUGACUCGAGCACACGUGUGGAAUGACUUUUUCCACUUCUGCCUUGCACGAACGAUACUAGUGCGUCCUAGUAAAACGACAUGUUACUCUUGUGGUAAAAUGGGUGCUACUUGGACUACUAGGAAUCAGUGAAAUUAACAUCGAGCACUUCACUAGUAGCACUAGUAGUGCAGUUUUGCCUCACUCGUAAUGUUGUCAUUCUAUUAGUGUAAUUCUACUUGUAUGUUCUACUAGUGCACUGAAUUGUCUGUGUACUCGUAUGCUAGUUUGGUUCAGUGCAUUAGGAGAAUGAUAGUAUUGUACUCGUGACAUUUUUAUUCACAACUGUAUGACAUUUCUGCGCACUAGUACAAUGACUAGUUCACAUUAGUAAAACGACAGCAUAUCACUGUUGAGGUGAAAUCGUAUGCUCGUUGACAACUGCGUGCUACUAGCACAGCUAGUGACGUUAUAAAAUUCUCCCAAUUAAGAUCUAGUAGUGUAUAGAUGUCAACUAGUGUCAUAUUUUUCCUGACGAAUACCGUGUAGUCAUUCUACUAGUGUUCAGAACUUUCACGGCGUACUGGAAGGCAAUAGUGUAAAAAACGUCAUGAGUAAGACAGAUGUUCUACUAGUGUGCUGAAUUGUCUCAUUAGUGAGGACAAAGAGUGUACUAGUACAUGGGCAAUUCAGCGCACGACAAGGACGUGGAAGGGUCAAAUCACAAGAAGCACAAGCACACAGCUCCCUGAUUGGUUGUCAGGUUUGCGCUGCGACCACCGCCACCAACCCUUUUUGGGAGAAGCAGCCGUUUUGAAAGCACUAGUGACUUUUCUCGGACCGGCGCGCCUUGCGGUGCCGCCGGCGAGCGGCGACUUGAGCGUUGAAUCGGUACCGUGACCGAGCUUGGAACUCGAUUUUCGUAAAUCGCUUUUCCCCGCUCAAAUUGAAAUCCCGAAUGUUCGGGUUACGCUUUCUACAAAAGCACGAUUCUAAAAGAUAAAUGCAUACGAGGGGAGUAGUGGGACAUUCUGCCGCCUUGAGUGUAGAUGGCACGGGGUCGAUUCCCAGUCGGUGCGCCGAUUUAAAAAAAACCAAAACAAGUGCAAGCAUUGCAUCGGGAAUAGGGACGUCCACGUCAGGAUCUUUUGCGUCCGAGUCCCCCGAUUUUGUCGAUGCGCCGAUGCGAGACUUUGGCAGCGCGCUGAGAAGAAAUUCCAAAUUGGCUCCAUUUUUAUUCGAAUGAAGCGAACCCAACACGAGAGCAAAAGAUUUCAUUGUGAAGAAGACUUGAAAACGCGCCCGCGAGCAGCCCGAAAAUGCCGAGCUCGGCUCCGAUUUGCCGAUUUGAUCUGGAGGCCACGACUGUAUGACAUUUCUGCACACUCUUAAAACAACUGCACGUCAUUAUUGAAGUCAAAGCGUGCGCUAGUUGACAACUGUGUGAAAUUCUACCUGUAAGUGCACAGAUGUCAACUAGUGCACAGUUUUGCCUCACUGGUAACAUGUAGUAGUACUAGUGUGGAAAAAUGUCACCACGAAGAUGUCGUCCUUGUGCUUGUAAGCUCUUUGUCCUCACUAGUAAGACGAUUCGGCGCCCUAAUACAACGACAAUGUCUUACUAGUGACACCUUUUCCACAACUGCAUGACAUUUCUGUGCACUAGUAGAACAACGAGGGCACGCUCACGAUUGAGGUCAAACUCCGCACUACAUUACAACUGUGUGCUCCUGGUACUACUAGUGACGAGUGAAAGUCUAUCAGUUAAGCUCUGGCACUUAACUAGUAGUAUUAACUAUUUUACGCUAACAAAAUAGAAAUGCGAACGAAGUCAACCGGUUUUAUAAAGUGUAAUUACACCCACACAGUAGCGUUGAUGUGUUCCUUUAAGAGGCGUGGCCUAGCGAGUCGCUCGGGUGGGCCGGUCACCGCGCGGUUCGUCCGGCCGGUGUGAGCGUCCGCGCCUUGCUCCUUUGCGAGUGUUGUCAUUUUGUAUGCGUGUGUUCACAAAGGUCCGCAGCGUGGAAAACACUCGCGGCACCCAACGUUCGCGUGUCCGUCGAGGUAGAGGACACGCCCCCGGCCAAGCCCCGCCUCUACUUGAAUCCUCGCGCCUCCAAGUGCCUUCCUCUCUGGCGAGAUGGAGGUUUCGAGCGCCACCUGCCGGACGGUGCGCCGUUUUCCCGAUCUUGCGUUUCGCUUUCACGUGCAUGUGUCGACGAGGAUCAAAAAGUAACAAACGUGGACUUGCGCUCGCAAACGUUUACACGAACGUGAGCAGCGCGCUCGUCUUUUUCUUCUCCUUUUUCUUCUUGUUGAAAAUAAGAACUUCUAGUAGCUUCUAUUGCUGACAUUCAAGUGCUGUUUUGUGUUCGUGUUGAUGACUCGGAAUCGGCGACAAUGACCGCUGCACUUCUUUCUUCUUCUUGUGGUUGUUGUGAGGAUGAGGAGGCACGGGCCUUCAUCACGUGACAAGUGUAAUCUUUGUGUACAAAAGUAGAAAUAAAUGUGUUCCUCACUCA